UUUGAUCAUUUUUGACCUUUGCAAAUGAAACUGAAAGUGCCUACGUAAUAAAAUAGACGGUGAAAAGUUGGCCUAGAGUGAACAACAAAACCGGCUAACACAGGUCAGGAAUACCAUUCUCAAUUUGCGACAUGGCCUUGUCCACAUUAAGAAUCAUUGUGUUUGGUGAGGAAUGGACCGGUAAAAGUUCUGUGGGCAACAUCAUCCUGGGCAAGAAGACAUUUGAUGUGAACGCUGGCACACAGUGGAACAGCCUUGGCACGGGUGAGGUGCAUAACAAAAGUGUUGUGGUGGUGGACAGCCCAGGCUGGGACCCUUUCUGCUCGGAGGCGACCCCCCUCAGGGUCCUGGCAGACGCCUGUCACAGUCUGGGUCAGUGUGGCCCGGACGCAGAACCCCAUGCCCUCCUCCUGACCAUCCCUGUGUCUAUGGACCCAGAGUGGAACCAGCGUAUUGCUCGACGACUCGAGCGUCUUUUCAGUCCAAGAAUUUGGAGACAGACCAUACUGCUGUUCACCAGGCCCAGUUGUCUCAAUGGGAGAAGCAUUGAAUACCAUCUUGAGCACACUGGAAGGGCUUUCCUGGGCCUCCUGGAGAGAUGUGGGAACAGGUACCACACCUUAAACACUUGUACUGAAGACCAUAAAGAGGUCACCUUGCUCCUGGAGAAGAUAGAGAAGAUGGUGGAAGAGAAUUGCGGAGAAUGCCUCAACAACAAGAACGUAGUCUUGGAAAUGAUAGAGCAAUAUGACGUGAGGAUGGAACAACUGGCGAUGUCCUGCAACCAACCCAAUGCCCAGUUGGAGCAGAUUCUUAAGGAACAAGAGGAAAUGAAACUCCACAUUUGCCUCAGAAAAAAAUAUGACUUUAUAAACAUGGUUUCCAAAGAAGAAUCUGCCUUUGUUGAGCAUGAAGGAGGUGAAGUAGUGGAAGAGCAGAGAUAUCAGGAGGAGGACAUCAUGUGUGUGCCAGAGUUGUCAGAGUUGUCAGAAUACGUGGGAGACAAGGUACCCCAACAGCCUGCACUGAGUUUGGUCUCCACCGAGUGGAACGGCACAACUGAAGUGCAGAAAGUCAAAGGAUCUGGGUUUGGUGUGACCAGACCUGGGCCCCCCAAAGAGAGUAUGGAGAUAACUCUGUUUAUAAACGUGGACAUGGAGGUUAAGAAUGUCAGGAUCUCUGUUUUGCUCCUCACCUUGGUGAAACGUCAUCAUGGAUCCAAGUUACACUGGGAAAUUAUAUGGACAUUUGCCUGGUGGCAGAUGGUUGUGGUGAACAGAUUCAAAGAAAUAUCAGGUAUCCAGAGAAAGGCAAUCUUGCCAGGGGCAGCAGAGCCACCCUGGGUCUAUAUGGUAGAUGGUCGAAAGAAAGAAGCUCCACCUGCCAGUGUGAAGAGUUGUGAUUCGCUGCCUGAGAUAAAGAGGGGAAAUAAGAACCGAAAAGAAAAAGGCGAGGAGAGGAGGCCUGAUAAACGACAACGAUCCAGCAGCUUGCAGAGGGACUAUCAUUUUGUCAAGGACCUGGAAGAUGGUGGGAAAAAAUGGAAGCGAGAAGGACUCAAGCGUUUGGAAAGCUGUGAAAGAAUGAUCACGUUUGGUAAGCCGGACCAUUCUACAGGCCCAGAGAGAGGACGAAAGUCCAAGAUCCAAGAUCCAGUACCAAGAUCAAGGUCACGUCACCAGAACUGUCCACCUUGGAUUCAACCAAACACCAGCUGUCAACAUGCCUAGUAUGAUUACUAAAUGCUUCCAUAUGCUGCCAUCUAGUGGAGGGUUUUUAGUUACGUGUGAAUUUAGAUAUUUACAUGUUUUUUUUCUUUUACAUUUAGUCAUUUAGCAGAUGCUCUUAUCCAGAGCAAUUUACAGCGACUUUUAUCUCUCAUUAACAAUUUCAGAUAUUUAUAUAUAUAUACUACAAUGCAAAUGAAGUUGAAGUGCCUUGCAAAUGUAUUCAGAUCCCAACAAAAUAGCUGCUAAAUUAUUUUUUUUUAAACUGUAUUUCCACCCGGUGUAACAGGCCAAAUUAACCCCCACCCAGAUUAAACCUGGGUAUACUUUGGCCCAGGCCAGAGUAUACCCCGGGGAUAAACUGUCCUCGGCCAAACUAUACCCGAGGGUUUAAAAUAGCCUAGGCCAUACUAUACCCCUCCAGGCCAGAGUAUACCCCAGGGGAUAAACUGUCUUAGGCCAGAAAGGAAGAAGAAGAGAAACAUGCCAAAGAGAAAGGUAUGCAAUUUUAAUUGUAUUGUAUUUGCAUAUUCUAUUUUGAUUAUUUAAUACGGGUAAAAUAUUUUACAAUAUAUCAUUUUACAGAACAACAGAACAAGCACUUUAUCUUGAAAACAAGCAUGAUCAUUUUGAUGUUGUUAUCAGUGUUUAACUUAACUUGACUUGCUAGUUUUUCAGGACAUUGACUUUUAUUAUAUUCUGUUACAAUUGCAUUAUUUACAUUUACAUUUAGUCAUUUAGCAGACGCUCUUAUCCAGAGCGACUUACAGUAAGUUCAGGGACAUUCCCCUGAGGCAAGUAGGGUGAAGUGCCUUGCCCAAGGACACAACGUCCUUUUGCACGGCCGGGAACUGGCAACCUUCAGAUUACUAGCCAGAUUCCCUAACCGCUCAGCCACCUGACUCCCAGCAUUAUGUUUUGGGUAUGUGCUUUUAUUUUAAUGUGUAACACUACUGAGAAGUGUGGUAGUAAUCUUUGAUCUUUGUGGAUGUUUUGAUGUUAUCAGUGUUUAACUUUGAACAUUUAUUUUGUAGCAAGGAUUUGCUAGUCUUAGAAGUUGAAGUUUCAGGAAGUAGUAAUCUGUGAUCUUUGUUGAAGUCUAAUAGUUUUUCUGGUUGAAGUAAUAAAAGUCUAUGUUUUA